AUGAACGAGCGAUCGAAUCCUGAGAUGGUGUCAUAUGUCAUUCCUGAAGACUCCGUUGUGGCUGACUCCAAGCCAUCACCAGUACCUAAAGUGAUUGCUUUAGUGUCUGCCGAGCCAGAUAUGUCUGAUAAUGAGAGUAGGCCUGGAGCCACAUCCCAAGGAGACUGCAUACCCCUUGUGUACAAGCUACAUUACAAAGACGUGGUCUCAAAUGAAUUGAUUCACACGAGAGAGGAUAAAAAGCCAAUCCAGACUUGGAGCGGAAAAAAGUCUGCUAGACUUCCUACACUUGAGCUCAUCACCGAUGUAUACACAAGUGCGAAGAGCUCUGAAAAAGAGGCUUCCGUCGCCGAUGCUCCACUGAUUGUCAACGACUGGUCAAGGACAUAUCUGAAGAUCAAUUCACCGGCAAUUAUUCGUGCUCUUCAAUCCGAAGUUGACUACUAUCCUAAUCAAGACUUUUCGGGAGAGUCCAUUCAAAUUUACGAGCCCUUUACUGUUUUGGUGCACUUCGAGAAGGAGCUGGCAUCAUACCGGGAGAGAUUCUCCCCCGGCCAAGUAGAGCCAGAAUCACUUUGUGACCGUGAAAAAAGCGCUUACGAAGAUAUAGAGGCGUUGCAGAGCUUCCUAGGAGAAAGGAUAGGCGAUUCAGUAGAGAAAGAAAGGCAGCGGCACGAGAGAGGCUUUGCGUCUUUCGAGAUGUUGUGGCUUCUACUAAAGCCUGGGGCCACCGUCUAUUACGACAAGGGCGGAAGUCUUGACGCCUUCGUCAUCCAUGGAGUGUCAGGCGGCAUAGUCAAUGGUCAAUCCACCCCUUACGUAAUCGACAUGUGGUACUUAGAUUAUGACGGCGAAAGUAUUGGCAGACGUAUUCAUAGAGUUGUCCAGAAUGUUUUCGGUGGGGAACGAGACAUAACAAACCUCAAGGUCUUUCCGUGUGAGCCUGCGAAGUCCGAAAAUGCGAACAAUUAUUUGCAAAGAUUAGAGGAACGCGGCAAGAAGUUUUGCGAACUGACAUCGAGGCAAUGCAGAAGCUACGACGGAUUGACCAGCACUUUCCCGAGGAACUCUGUCAAAGGUUUGGUAAUGGUUGACAGCGAGGAGUGGAACUUGCGGGCAGGUUCGGACGAGAGACCGGUCGUAGGCGGGCUCUCAGACGGUGUGCCAACUGGGAUAUAUCAGUGCUCCUGUACAGUGUGUCUCAAGCUUAAGUCAACAGCUGCGAGACGCAAGAUAUCUCCGUUUGCUGAAUAUGAUGGUAUCACGCCCGAGAAGAACAAAGUGUUGACCUCACAUCAAUAUAUACUCUGCUCGGGAUCCAUCACCGUUUAUGAAUUGAGAUCACUCGAAUGGCGUAAGUGCGGCCGACUAGUCGGAGACCGAAUCCUGAUUCUAUUGAGCCAGCUAUAUCUGACCAUAAACAAACUAGAUCGUGUAUAUGUCGCUGGCAUCGAUAAACCGCAAUUUGACCGUGGCAUGAUCGAUACUCUCGUGGUGCGAGAGGAUCGCAGGCAACUGGUCAUGGCACUAGCAGAGCGCAACACACAAAAGGCAGACCUUGACGGGAAAUCACAAGAUCAACGAUGGACAGCAGAUCGAAUCGAAGGAAAGGGUAAAGGUACAGUGGUUCUCUUGCACGGUAAACCAGGAGUCGGCAAGACCUACACAGCAGAGUGUAUCGCUCAUUAUACACAGAGACCCUUGCUGUCUCUGACCGUCACCGAUAUCGGCACUACGCCAGAGGAAGUUGAGCAGUAUCUCAAUCCGCUCUUCGAGCGUGCCAAACGCUGGAAUGCGAUCCUCCUGCUUGAUGAAGCAGACAUAUAUAUGGAGGCACGAGAAAGGCUUGACUUGGCAAGAAACAGCCUAGUAUCAGGUAUUCAUUCGCUUCCGGAGUACAUCACGAUCACAUCACUAACAAGGGGUUCAGCAUUCUUGCGUGCUAUGGAGCAGUGCCAGAGCCUCUUGUUUCUCACAACAAACCGAGUUGGCUCUUUCGACGACGCCUUCAUCUCUCGAAUCCAUGUCUCUUUGUACUAUCCAGACUUCUCCGAUGAGGAACGCAAAAAGGUCUGGAAAAUGCUCUUUGACAAAUUGGCUAGAGAUAGGGGCGACAUUAUGCGGGUUCCAAUUGACACAAAAGACUACAUCAACGGAAAGGAAGUCAAAGCUGUCGAAUGGAAUGGCCGCGAGAUCACAAAUGCUAUCCAAACUGCAGUUGCGUUAGCCGAUUUCGAAAACGAUAAAGACGAAGAGGGGAAAAUCCUGCUUAAAGACACCCACAUCUCGCAGAUCGUCCGUAUGUCAAAGCAAUUCAAGACUUACUUGAAAGAAGUCCAUCGGGCCGAUGAAAGCAAGAGGGCAGCACGGCAAAACCUUCGUCAAGAUGACUUUGAUCUUCAAAUCCUUCUUGCUGUAUCAAAGAAGAAAGGCUACAUGUUGACCAACAGAGCAGGGAGGAAGCAGAAGAGGACCGACUGGUUUCUAUACCAGUUUAGUAACAAAGAUUCUGCUCGCCUCAAUUGUCUAAACAAAGAGGUCAUCGCCAUCAAUGCAGAUCAUAGCUCAAUUUGCCAACUCGCCUCUGGCGACACCAAAUGCGAGCUGAUAGGCGGUUCGAUCGUAGCUUUAGCGAAGUAUAUUGUCGAUAUGUCUCCUUCCGAGGAAACUUCGCAACUCAACAGCAAUCCGAUCCCAAGAUUGACUGUCCAUAUUGCCAUGGAGGGCGAGCACGACGUUACCGCAACCCUCAGAUCCAAGAUUAAGCAGGAUCAGAUGCUUGAAUUGAUACUACCCAUAGGAUUAACACCGGCUAUCCUUGUGAUCUCGUUCACAGAGUCACCUAUAUCAUCUAUUUCUACAACGGACAAUCACUCAAUCUUCUCGUGA